CAUUCGCGUGGGCAGAACCUUUGGCCAGCCCUGGAGCGUCGCCGUGCCCAUGUUGGGUAGCGUCGGCUCUUGAGCGGACGUUAUAUCUGGCGUCGCGACGCUUCCAGACCUCAGCCGCUCCGCAGCCGCCCGCCGAUUCACAACCCACCCCCCACGAGACAUUAAAAAGAAAACAAGAUGUGUGACGACGAAGUAGCAGCUCUGGUCGUAGACAAUGGCUCCGGUAUGUGCAAGGCCGGUUUCGCCGGAGACGACGCUCCCCGCGCCGUCUUCCCAUCCAUCGUCGGUCGCCCCCGUCACCAGGGUGUGAUGGUCGGUAUGGGACAGAAGGACUCCUACGUCGGUGAUGAAGCCCAGAGCAAGAGAGGUAUCCUCACCCUGAAGUACCCCAUUGAGCACGGAAUCAUCACUAACUGGGAUGAUAUGGAGAAGAUCUGGCACCACACCUUCUACAAUGAACUCCGUGUGGCCCCCGAGGAACACCCCGUUCUCCUGACCGAGGCUCCCCUCAACCCCAAGGCUAACCGUGAAAAGAUGACCCAGAUCAUGUUUGAGACCUUCAACAGCCCAGCCAUGUACGUCGCCAUCCAGGCCGUCCUCUCCCUGUACGCUUCCGGUCGUACCACCGGUAUCGUCCUGGACUCCGGAGAUGGUGUCUCCCACACCGUCCCCAUCUACGAAGGUUAUGCCCUUCCCCACGCCAUCCUCCGUCUGGACUUGGCUGGUCGCGAUCUUACCGACUACCUCAUGAAGAUCCUCACCGAGAGAGGUUACUCCUUCACCACCACCGCUGAGCGUGAAAUCGUUCGUGACAUCAAGGAGAAGCUCUGCUAUGUCGCCCUGGACUUCGAACAGGAAAUGGCCACGGCUGCCGCCAGCACCUCCCUCGAGAAGAGCUACGAGCUUCCCGACGGUCAGGUCAUCACCAUCGGCAACGAGAGGUUCCGUUGCCCUGAGGCUCUCUUCCAGCCUUCCUUCUUGGGUAUGGAAUCCUGCGGUAUCCACGAGACCGUCUACAACUCCAUCAUGAAGUGCGACGUUGACAUCCGUAAGGACCUGUACGCCAACACUGUCCUUUCCGGUGGUACCACCAUGUACCCCGGUAUUGCUGACCGUAUGCAGAAGGAAAUCACCGCCCUGGCUCCAUCCACCAUCAAGAUCAAGAUCAUCGCUCCCCCUGAGAGGAAGUACUCCGUGUGGAUCGGUGGAUCCAUCCUGGCUUCCCUAUCCACCUUCCAACAGAUGUGGAUCUCCAAGCAGGAGUAUGAUGAGUCCGGUCCUGGAAUUGUUCACCGCAAGUGCUUCUAAACGGCUUGACCUUUCUAUACGAAUUACCUUUCCAAUCAUCAACCAGACCAAACUUCACUUCACCGAACGAAGAUACGCAACAACCAAAAAAAA